AUGUCCCGCCGAGCACCACCCCGCGACUACGACGAGCAAGAUGAAUUCUAUGAGAUGGAACGAGAGCGCGAGCGGCACCACAGACCGCGCCGACGAGAUCGCGACUAUGAGGAAGAGGAAUAUCGUCGGCGAAGGUCCGAACCUCUAGUUGAGGAUAUGGAGCGUAUGCACAUCCGAGAACGUCCCAGGAGAGACUUCAUGGAAGAGAGCUUUGCACCGCCGCGAGCACGGGAUGAUGUGGCUCUUAUGCGGGCAAGGGAGGAGGCAGAAAUGGUCUCGCCUGAGCGAUCUAUGCGCCUAGACCGCGAUGAUGCCUACAUGCGGCCGCCUGAGCCCCGGCGCAGACCUCGUCAUCGUGAAGUAGAUGAGGAGGAGCUUGUUUUUGAGGAGCGAGAGAGACGCCGGGGCAGUCGACGUCUUCCGCGAGAGGUGGAGGAGGACUUGAUUUUUGAGGAAACAGAAAGGCGUGGAGAUAGGAGGCAUCGUCCUGAACGAGAGCGAGAAGUCGAAGACGAUUUCAUCGACGAAAGGCGAGACAGAAGACAUCGCCCAGAGCGAGUACCUGAAGAGGACUUCAUGUUUGAGGAACGAAUAAGGGAGAGAGGCAGUGGUAGGAGGCGGCGCCCAGAGCCAGAAUUCGAGGAGGAUGAGGAACUUAUCGUCGAACGGGAAAGAGCUCGAGGAAGUAGGCGCCAUCCCCGGGAAAUUGAAGAGGAAGAUUUGAUCAUCGAAGAUAGAGAAAUGCACAGAGGGAGUAGGCGUCACCCAGAACGAAGAUCUGAGGAUGACCUUCUCUUUGAGGAGAGAGAAAAACGCCACCGCAGGCGACGUCCAGAAAGGGAAUUCGAAGAGGAACUCUUGGUUGACGAGCGGGGAAAACCUGGAGGAAGAAGACACCGGCCCGAGCCUGGAUUCGAGGAAGAGGAGAUGUUAAUCCGACGAAAAGAACGGGAAGAGCCUCCUUUACGUCGCGGAUGGGACAGCGAACUCGACAUUCGAUCGCGUGAAAGGAGAUUGGAGUUCGAGGAAGAAGAAACGUACCAUCGACCACGGCCACGGGCACGGCCUCCACCUCCCCACAGGGUCGAGGUGGAAGAGGUCCUCGUUCGCGAUGUGCCUCCGGAGCGACGCCGAGGCCCAAUUGAUUUUUCAGAUCGAGAAUCUGAAGACGAUGUGCUCAUCCGACGGAAGGACAAAGGAUCACGACCAGUUGAACGUGUUGACGAGGAAAUCGUUAUACGCGAACGACGUGAAAAACGACGCAGCGUACCUUCGGAGGAUCUUGAACGCGAAUUAAGGGGACUUCGGCGAGAGGUUAGGGAACAAGUUCCACUGGAUGAAGAGCUUAGUAUGCGUGCGCAAGUCGACUCCAAGCCACGCCCCCGAGACCUUGAAGAGGUCAAGGAAGAGAUCAGUAUUCGGAAAACAAAUGACAAGUUCCCAUCUCGCCAACCUUCGCCUUCUUUGGAUUCGAUACAUGUACCUCCAAUCCACCAAGACGUGUUUACCCACCAUAGACACAUUGACCAUGGCUACAAAGACGCUCAUACACCUCGUGUGCGCAGUCCGGGACCGCAGUCUCGGAGAGGUAGUUUUGAUGAGAUUGAUAUCCACCAUCGAAAAACGCGAGGAGGGCGAAUGUCAGAGGAAGACAUACUUCUUAAACAUCGUGACUGUGAAGAGUCUCUUGCUCCGGGAGACUCGAUAUCGCCGACUAGCGGCCCAGCUCUUGAUUUCACAGAUCCAUGGGAGCAGGAAGCCAUGUCGGCAGCUCGUCGUCGACGCAAGCCACUCGACGAGAGCGAGUUGGCUUACAGCCUAAAGAACGCCCCUUCCAUGCGUGAUGUGGAAGAGGAUAUAAUGCUCGAGAGCACUCGGAUAGUGGACAUGGCCCCCGGAGGCACAGACGACUGGUCUGUGGUGCAUGCUCCAUCCCAAGAAGAAGCUAUUGAGAUGACUGGGGCCCUGGACGUUGUUGAGGUCAAACCCCGACAUGUGCCCGUGGAUGAAGUCGAAGUGGGACGAGUUGCCCAGCAUGUCACAGACCCGGAGGAGACACGAAAUGAUCGCUGGACCGAAAUAUCUAAGAAACUGAUAGUGAGAGAAGCCAUUGAACGUAUGGGAUUCGAGUAUGAAGAGACGAGAGCGUCUUACUAUAUCUUCUCGUACCUCAAGUCGGAGGAUAUAGAUGAGCUUGUUGAAUUGUCCGACGAGAUUCGAAGUGCUCGUCGUAGGCGCAUUCGUGAUAUUCAGCGGGAGCGAACCUCUGUGCCUGAUAUCACGCCCCAUAUUAGGCCUCGUGUGGGAAUGCCUCCGCGGGCACGUGUAAUAGAGAAGCGCAUGCGAGAUAUUCGAGAUCGAGAAUGGAGGGAAGCUCGGAGUGCCAUCGACGGGUUACUCCACGUGAUCAAGAUGUCAAACGAAUCUACGCCUACUCUCCCGUCAAGUUCCUCGGAACUAAACCGCUCAUCCACUGUCGUUCGUGUAAAUGACGAGAAUUUCAAUAUUCCGUCUAACCCGCGGAAGAUUAUGAUUCGCCGUCUCAGGAAAGCGCUUCUAGAGCAAGAAGUCCCUGCCCCAUUCUGGGCGGUUGUUCAGCUGUGCGACCUCGAGAGGCUUGAAUACAUUGUACAAAUCGCCUACUUUUCCCUGAAUAUGAUGGAUAUCAUGGCUGAUCUCGCUUGUGCUCUUCCAUUCAAAUGGACGGUGAAACCAUCUCCCUCCCAACUAGAUUCAGCAUUGCCGCCUUUCACUUUCGGCCCGCCGACACGUAUUCCCCCAGUUGCAAUCUACGCCGCCAGAGAGCGAGACGGACACAGGUGUGUCAUCACGGGCACCCGUAAGGUUUACCAAACUGCUCAAAUCUUCCCGGCUGGCCUAGCGAGUUCCCGCUUGCAGGAUGACCCGACUUCGCCUACCAUUUGGAGAUUCGUGGAUAUGUUCUGGGGACAGUCCACCGCUGAAAGAUGGAAACGAGCUGUUUUUAAUAACCCAAUGUCACCCAAGAGCCCCGUCAAUGAUUGCUCUAAUCUGAUCUGCCUUCGCAGAGAUAUUCGGUCUGCAUGGACAUCUGGUUUGUUCGCCCUUCGCCCCGUUCGGAUUUCUGAGGAUAUGACCGAACUGGAACUUGAGUUUUACUGGCAGCCAAAGCAGGACCAUGGACUAUACGACGCGGUUGAUUUGGCCAAGGUGCCUGUCUCUAGCAAGAGAGUUAAUAGCGUGGAUAAACUCGUCGUGGCUGUAGGAGUGCGAGGUGAACCAUCUUAUCGCAUCAUUGAAUCCGGCUAUCGCUUUAGUAUGACCACGGACGACCCCUACCGGAGACCGCUUCCGAGUUUCGACUUGUUGGACAUGCAAUGGCAUUUCAAUCGACUGGUCUCCCUGGCCGCUGCGGUCACUCUCUUUGAUGAAGAUGAAGAAGACUACGAUGACAGCUCAUCCAUGGCUACCCAAUCCCAGUUUGUUACCCAACCCCGACCCCAGCCAAAACAGCCUUCCGAGGUGGAAAAUGAGGACGACGUUCUGGCUUGGGUUAAUUCUUCUUUUUCAUCCGAUUCCCCUCCCGAUUCCGAGUUCAUAGAGGAUAUUAGCGCAUCGAUGAUUGGCCCUCUGCCAGGGUCCGACAUUGACCGUUCGCGCAAUGUUCAGCAGGCUCAGCAGGUUCAGCAGGUUCAGCAGGUUCAGCAGGUUCAGCAGGUUCAGCAGGUUCAGCAGGUUCAGCAGGUUCAGCAGGUUCAGCAGGUUCAGCAGGUUCAGCAGGUUCAGCAGGUUCAGCAGGUUCAGUGGGUACAGAAAGUUCAUCCAGUUUGA